AUGUUCAAGUCGCUACUAUCUGCACACCUGAAAACUCACUCCAAAAAACCAUUUAAGUGUGAGAUAUGCUCACGUGGCUUCACAAAACAGGCACAGUUUGCAGCCCACACUAAGACUCAUGAGAGUUCUCCCUGCUUUAAGUGUGGAUUCUGUGACCAACUGUUCACAGAGUCUUCAACAAUGCUCACCCACAUUGAGGAACACCUGCAAAAUACUUACAGAUGCGGCCAGUGCUCAAAAGGCUUUAAAUUGUUUAACGAUCUCUCUAUACAUCUUCGUAGUCAUUUCAAGGCUAAGAGCAGUGGUCCACGUGCCAAAAAAGCAGCUGUGACAAACUUGUUUAUUGAGCAGAUGACCACAACUACAGACAAAAUGCUAACUGAGAACACGGUGAGCAAUGGUGGGGAUAGAGCCGUUGCUCCCACAAUUGGCACAGAAGGUAAACCACGAAAAGUCCACCAGUGUGAAUACUGCAAUGCAAUAUUUAAAAGAAAACACCUUCUAACCACCCACCGGAGAAUUCAUACUGGUGACCGACCAUUCAAGUGCAGCUAUUGCACAAAAGACUUCAGCCGCUACUAUGCAAUGGUUGCUCAUGAGAGGUUGCACACAGGUGACCGCCCAUACAAGUGUCCUCACUGUGAUAAGUCUUUCACAGUGUCCAGCCAUCUUAAUGUCCACCAUAAGCUAAAACAUGUUAACCUCCGUCCUCACAAAUGUGAACUUUGUGAGAAGGCCUAUCGUAGCCCUGGAGAAUUGCGUAUUCAUAUGCGUUCACACACUGGUGACAGGCCUUUCUCUUGUGAAAUGUGUGGGAAGCGCUAUGCAACGCAGUGCUCCCUGACCAUCCACAAAAAGACUCACUCACCAGAUAAAAAGCCCUAUGUAUGUGAAUUGUGUGGCCUGUCCUACAAGCAACCAAGUAGUCUUGGUGUUCAUGUGCGGACAUCUCACAGUGGCGAUAAAGAAAAGAGGUAUCAGUGUGAGUUUUGCCAGAAGGGGUUUCACAUUGCUGGUAGCCUGCUUCGCCACCGGCGCAUUCAUACAGAUGAAAGGCCUUAUGCAUGUGACCAGUGUGAAAAAUCUUUCCGGGAGUCUUCAGCCCUCAAGGCUCACAAACGGCGCCAACACUUGGGUGACCGACCUUAUGCUUGUGAUUGUUGCAAAAAAUCCUUCUGUACUCCCACAGACCUUGCUCGUCACAAGAAGACCCACAAAGGUCUUAUGGUACUGUCCUCAUUGGCAGCCAGCAUUGCUGAAAGUGAAAUAAAAGUUUCGAAACCAGGCACCAAAAUUCAGAAUGAACCUCCACCUGUGUCAGUUAUGGUGCCUGUCUCCAUCUCUCCUACUGUUGCCCCUGCUACUCUUGAAGAAAUGUAUGCAACUCAUCAUGCACAAGCAACUGCAGAAAUUCCUCUGCCUCAAGAAAUCACUUUACCCCAAGAAGUGUCCAUCUCAAGAGAAGUGACUGUUUCCCAUGAGGUGCCUUUGCCCCAGGACAUUACUGACGUGGCUCAUGAAGUUCCCUUAGCCCAUGAAGUUCAGCUUACACAGGAUGUGACUCUCUCCCAACCGUCCAUUCCCUUGACCAAUGACUCUAUGGUUGCAGCAGCUGUUGUUGUAGCUGAACCACAACCAUCUGUGAUCUCCUCAGCCAUUGGACCUGUUACAUUCACAUUACCUGUUCCUUCCAUCCAUCAGACUGUAAACCUUGAUCAACCUGUCACUUUGCCCAGCGAAGUUGCUCUUCACUUACCCCCUCAAAUGUCUGUGACUUUGUCCACAGCAAACUCUUCCCCUGAACCUGUGUCCCCUACAUCCCAGUCUGUCACACUCCCUCAAGUUGUCCAGUCUCUUACAUAA